AUGAAAGUGGCAGAAGAAUUAAGUAUAGUGACCUUCGAGAUUCGAGAUGAAAUGUUGCAACAAAGAGGAAAUGCAAAAACAGCAGUUCAGGAACGAGAAAAACAUUGCGAACAAAUUCAUGUUUUAAAUGCGCAGCUUAUGGAUGCAAAUCGCAUGAGAUAUAUGAAUGAUUGUGCUACAUACAGUGAAAAAUUGACCGAAAUGAAAACUACAAAUGCAGAGUUAAGCAAUAAGCUGGAAGCACUGCAGAGCGCAACUGCAACGAGUGAUGCAAAUUGUGGUGAAUUAACGAAGGAAGUUGAAAAAUACCGAAAACAGCUUCAUGAUGUUAUGGAAGCCCAUGAUAAAGUGAUUUUUUUCUAUGAUGAUCUCGAUUAA